CCGAAGCAGCCCGGGCUGAUGGCGCAGAUGGCCACCACCGCCGCGGGGGUCGCUGUGGGCUCUGCCGUGGGCCACACCAUCGGGCACGCCCUUACCGGAGGGUUUGGUGGAGGCAGUGCCUCUGAGGCUGCGAGGCCUGACAUUACUUACCAGGAGCCCCAGGCAGCCCAGCCUGCCUACCAGCAGCAGCAGCAGCAGUUUGCUCCUUGCCAGUAUGAGAUGAAGCAGUUCCUGGAGUGUGCCCAGAACCAGACUGACCUCAAGCUGUGCGAGGGCUUCAGCGAGGUGCUGAAGCAGUGCAGGUUUGCUAAUG